AUAUAAAAGCUAUUGUUUACGAUAAAUUCUUGCAUUUUAACAACUAGAGAAGGUUCAGAAUGCUUUUUAAAGGGAUAUUCACUAUCGCCUGUCUAAUAGUAAUAACUGGAUACGGUUUAAAAUCUCUUAUUAUUCGCAGUGAACCUGCCUGCGCAAGAAUAUUUGAAAGAGGCAGAGUGGGAUUUUGGGGUUGCCUCAAACUUAAAGUCGAAAACUACUUCGAGGGAACAUUUUGUUCUGAUGACAACGAUUCGUGGCUGUCUUGCUUGAUAACCUAUGAUUUCAACAAGCGAGAAUGUAAUUUAAUAAAUGAAUUUAUGCAAGAUUAUUUCCCCGAUGAACGUACCUUCAUGCAAACUAUAUACGACCGUUUAUGUUGUAAAAAAAGAAAAUCUGAAUGGGGAUUACGUGCAAUUUUCGAGUAUUUUGGCAAUCUUCCCUUCGAUGUCCAGAAAUCCACUCGUUAUUCAAUCUCAAAACGUAUAUCUGGUAUUAUAUGCCCGAUAAUUGGCGGUAUACCUUUUAAUGGGUAUGCAUUUUUGGGUACAAUAGCCGGAAUUCUCUUGUUGCUCAUUGCGAAAUUCAUUCAUCGAUGGUGGUGUUGGAAAAAGUCUCUGAAAAGAAAGCGAAAACUAUACGCAUAUUGAUCCGAAUCAAUAAUAUUUAAUGUAAUAUGAACCCAGUUCAGAAUUAAAAAAACAAAGAGUUUUUUUAAAUAAAAAAAAAUUAUUUUAUUAUGGAAAUAAAGA